AUGAAAUACUUCGGAACAGUUCUUGUAGCUGUCGUUUAUUGUCAAGAAUCACCUAUAUCUUUAAAAAAUUUAACUGAAUCCGCUGGUUAUAACAAUUCGGAUGAUUGUGAUGACGACUCGUAUAAUGCGGAACUUGCAAAAGAAAUUGGCGUUUCAACUAUGCGUGCAUCCUAUGUGAUCGGUCUAACACUACUACAAAUUGAUGCUUGUUGCAUAAUAUAUGUCAUUUAUCGUACAUUUGUUCGUUGGAGAAUGGCUAAACGUCGUUUAUCUAUGGCCUAUAAACUACCUUUCUAUAUGGCAUGCUUUGGUAAUUAUAAUCGUAUAAAUUUUUUUCUUAUCAACCAAGAAUUUGAUAAAUACGUAUUUGUCCCCAAUAGAUUUCAUCAUCUAUGCCUUUCAAAGCGUCAACUUGGUGCAUAUGAUUAUAAAUUACUUAUUUGGCCAUUCGGGAUCUCUACGGUUUUAACAGCUAUGUCUGCUCAUACAUUUGGAAGCGAUCAAUUUUGGUACAUAAGACAGUUCUCCAAUGCAUCACGAAAAAUCAUAAGUUACCUCCUUAUUUACAUAAUUCAAUGGGUACCUCUUAUGGUAUAUUUGAUUUUAGAUUUGGCAUCUCAUGAAGGAUUAUGGAUAUACUUCUUUACAGUCGGAUCUAUCUCUAUGGGGGGUAUUCUCAAUGCAGGACGGUACAUUUUCAACGAAGGAUGGUAUGAUAAACCAAACUCGUUCGUUGAUAUUUCUUCGGGCGAAAUUAAUUCUCCUAAAUCUAUCAAAAGUGAUGAAAUUAUGAACAUGAAUCGAAAUUGGAAUUGUUCUUUAAAAAUUCCGACUAAUAGUCUAAACUCUGAAGAUACUAAAACUUUGGAGGAAUCACAAACU